GGAUCAUCUCCCUAUAUUUCCUACUUGUCCUCACCUUAUAUCUCCUUUAUACUCUCACUCACUCACUCUUCCCUUCACUUCCUAAUCCUACACACUCCCACUUUAUCCACUUGGCAUAUUUCUCACCACAUUACUACUCCGUACUAUACUAUGGCCACCAUCCACCACCAAUCUUACCACCACUCUUCCCCUUACUCGGUGGCUCGCCGCCCUCGACGACACUCCUUAGACUCUUCCAUUCCUUCUUCCACCACCACCACCUCCUCCUCCUCAAUCUCCCUCAAACACCCCAACACCAUCUCCCUCUCAUCUCACAUGAUCACAUUCCCCCUCCUCUCCUCCCCUUCCGCCACUACAACCAACACUCCCACCACUACCCCUGACACCGCCUUUUCCCUCGACGUCCUCCAACGCCACCUCGCCUCAGGAGACUUCCGCCAAGCAGACGAAGAAACCCGCCGUCUCAUCAUCGUUUUAGCCGGCGAAGCCGCCGUUAAGCGCGGCUACGUCUUCUUCUCAGAAGUCCAGUUCAUGCCUAGCGACGACCUUAAGGCAAUCGAUGAGCUCUGGCUCAAGUCAAGCGGCGGCCGGUUCGGGUACAGCGUUCAGAGAAAGAUAUGGUUAAAGCUUGACAAAGACUUCACCAGAUUCUUCAUCAAAGUCGGGUGGAUGAAGAAACUCGACACCGAAGUUGAGCAGUUUAAUUACAGAGCUUUCCCUAAUGAGUUCAUCUGGGAACUUAAUCCUACUCCUCCUCCUACUACUAAUGCUAAUGAUGCUGCUAAUGAUAAUAAUAAUAAUGAUAUUAGGGUUAAUGAUGCUCCUCCUGAAGGGCAUUUGCCAUUAACAAAUGCAUUAAGAGGAACUCAGCUGCUAAAUUGUAUAUUAACUCAUCCUGCAUUUAAUGACGAUGGAAGUGAUAAGGUUGAAGAUGAUGAUGAUAACCAAGGUGUGGUUGAGGAAAGUGAUAAGAAGAAAUCGAGGUUUGCUACUUUGAGGGAUAAGUUGUUUAAGCCUAAUUAUAGUUUUUGAUUUUAUUAGUUAGGAAGUGAUUAAUUUAAGAAAAAAAGAAUAAUGUUGAGUUUUAUUAUUUUUGUAUUUAUAAAUAUAGUAGUGUUUUACUCCA